CUAGCACAAUCUCAUUUCUCUCCUUCCCUCAGUUAGUCGAUCUGUUGAACAUGCAGUUAAAGUUUUGCCCUCAGCAAACCAAGAUGGAUCUUUGUGGACUCAAGGAGAUAUUUUAUAGGAUCUAUAACUCUGUCAGCCAGCUUCUGCACUGGGUUCUGGUGCACUUGACUGAUCUCACAGCUGGAGUACUGGCUCAUUUCUUAUUCAGACGCCAUUUUCACUUCCUCCUCUCUGUGCUGGUGAUGUUUGGACCUGUCCUGAGUCUCUGGGUCUCCAAAUACAGCAUAUUUGGCAACAAGAAUCACUACCUGUACAGGCUCUUCCUGCAUUCCUGCUGGGGCUGGACCUGUAUAUUAUGUGGCUCUUUCAUCUUUCUUCUCUCAUACUGCAUCAGUAACUCAUUCAUUCACUCAGUCCGUCACCUCUUUCGACUCGCUGUGACCGGGACGCUGUGGACACUGUUCCGCCGUCUCCUCUCCUUCCUAGUGGACGCCUCUGGAAGCUGUUUUGAGCCACUUCAAAACCCCACAGAUGUCCGCAGGAACCCCGGGGAGCUCCUGGACUCUGAUACAGGCCCCUUAUUACUACUGAGAGAGGAAAAGGGUAAAGCAGCCUGCCUUAAAGCCGGCCUACAGUGGCAGGGAUGUGAGGUGUCUGAUGACAUCCUCAUUCUGAGUUUAUGUUGUUUGAUUCUUGAUGUAUUGAUGGGGGUUUUUGGGUUUUUAAUGGCUUUAGUGGAUCUUGUGGGGACUGUGGUGAGGAUACUCUUCUUGUUGUGUGUGUUGUUGAUGAGUCUCUGGAUCUUCCUGAUCGUCUGCUUGUUAGCACACUUCCCGCUGUUCCCUUCCCAGCUGGUUGGAGGGGCGCUUGGGUAUCUGGGAUGGAAGGGCCUUUAUUAUAAGGGCUGGUGUGUUUUAAAGCCCGGCUGGUGCUGUGUCGGAAGACCAAAAGCUUUGCUUUCAGAUAACACGUGUAAUACUGCCUCAAAUGGGAAAUGAAUGUUAAGGAAAUGAGAAAUAGAAUAUGUAAAAAUGUACAGCUUUUACAAAGAGGUGUCAGAGUCAAAAAAAUAUACAUACCUUUUAGAUGUAUAGAUAUACAAGAUAUUAAUAGAUAUACAAAUUCGGGAUUAUAGAUGAGAUAUUAUAGAUGUACAAAUUCAGGGUCAACCAAAAUGUCUUUUGUGUUUGUUUUUGAAAGAAGUCUCUUAUGCCCACCAAGGCUAUAAUUAUUUGAUUAAAAUACUUUAUAACAGUUAUGUCAUGAAAUAUUAUUGCAAUUUAAAAUAAC